AUCACGUCUGAUAGCCAGUAUGAUGUGGCAGUAAAUACCGGAACUCGUCUUGUUUAUAACCGAUAGCGUUUAGUUAACUGUUUUAUUUAGACCAACGUCGUCCACAAAGCGUCUUGUUUAAUUGCAUUGUUUUCUACACUGAAUCUUUGGCGUAGGGAACAGGAUGAGUCUUCAGUGGACAGCCGUAGCUACUUUCCUUUACAUUGAGGUUUUCUUUGUUCUGCUGCUCUGUAUUCCAUUCAUCUCACCCAAGAGAUGGAACAAAAUUUUCAAGUCUGGCAUUGUUCAGACCAUCGCUCUGUAUGGGAACACCACGUUCAUGGUCAUGAUCGCCAUCCUAAUCUUCUUGCUCAUUGAUGCUUUUCGUGAGGUCAGGAAGUACAGUGUGUCCGAGACGGUGGAUCUGGCUAAUCAUCCUACUGCCAUUGAACACAUUCACAUGAAACUGUUCAGAGCUCAGAGAAACGAGUACAUCGCUGGAUUUGCUCUUCUGCUGUGCUUGUUGUUGCGUCGCCUGGCCACACUGCUCUCCCAGCAGGCCUCGCUCAUGGCUUCGAACGAAGCCUUCAAGAAGCAGGCAGAGGGCGCCAGCAACGCCGCCAAGAAGUACAUGGACGAGAAUGAGCUGCUGCAGGAGAAACUCCGAGAUGCUGGUAUUGAAGUUCCAGAGGCAGGAACCAAAGGACCCGGGCCUCUAGAGGAGAACAAGAAGCUUAAGGAGGAGGUGAAGAGUCUGAAGGGGGAGCUGGACACCACCAAGAAAGCUCUCCAGUCUUCAGACAGUGAUGUCAAAGCCAUGAAGAAACAGGCCGAGAAUCUGACGGUGGAGUACGACCGUCUUUUAGAGGAGCACAGUAAACUGCUGGGAAGCAGCGAUAAGAAAUCUGACUGAAGAGAAUUAAAAACAUUUCCGUCGUCUCUGCCUUCAAAAACGGCUUCUGUUUUCACGCCACCUAGCUUACUUUGACGUGACCUCGCAGCCUGCGGUGUAAGCUGACAGCGAUGUAAGCUGACAGGGAUGCACUGUGAUUGGUUCAUGUGAAGAAUGAAAGAAAACCCUUGAUUUUUUUUUUCUUUCAUCAAAUUCCAAUCAAAUUCCAAUCAUCCAUAACUGGUCAUAAAAAAAUAAUUUAUCGAUUGGAUCAUUCCCACUUGCAAUGCUGUAUUUUUGAAAAACAUGGUAAUUGAACUCCAGCGACUUCCUGUCAUUUGAUCACAGUGGCUUUUCUCUGUUUACAUUUGCUGGCACCCAAAUAUGUGUAAAGGUCGUACAUCUUCUUCUGGGUUUUUGGUAUAGUUGUUUGUAUUUUUUUUGUUUUGUUUUGUGGCUUUAUAUGUUUCUUUAUUUUUCUCUAAAUGUUCAUAACUCCAUCAAAGCUGACUGUGCAGCAUGAGCAUGGAAUGACUAAUAACAGUUAAAGCAGAGGUCCACCAUGUGGCGCUGUGGGUGUUUUUUUGUGUUUUUGGUUUUUUUUUUCCGGAAACCAAAAUAAAAUAAUAAAAUCCAAAUUGUAUCAAUGUUUUUAUAUUAUGCCCUAAUUAAAUUGUAAAAAUUGGUGUUCUAUCAGAUUUGUAUGCUUUGCGUGCUCGACACAAAAUCCACUGGCGUUCACAAAAAGUGCUGUAUUUGUUUCCAAACUUUUGAGAAAUUCAAUCUCACAAAUGCUCUCUCCUACAGAGAUCGAUAGAGCCAAAAUCAGAGGGGGAAAAAAAACCAUAAGACUGAAUGAAUUACAUCUGUAUUUUAUUUCUCUUAAAGACACAACACCUUCAGAGGUGAACACUUUCAUUCAUGUACAAUGGAAUACAACUUAAUUGAAUAAAUAUUCUUCAUUGAAUCUAA